CUCCCGGAGCUGCCAUGGCCACUGGCUCCGUUAUCGUGCCCUCACUAAACAUGGCGGACGGGAGGAGUCGUGAUGGUGGUGGUAGUAACGGGGGUGGGGGGGCGGCGCUUCGCGCGGUGACUGACGGGAGCAGUCUAAUUGGCUGACUGGCUGCAGAAGAUGGGGCGGAGUAGGCAGAGAAGAGCCAAGCGUCCCGGCCGCGCCGAGGCUCCCCGGGGUCACGGCGGGCCGGCCUCGGGGGCCGCUGCACUCGGGGCCUUACCAACCCUCAACGCCGAGCUCGAUGCGCUCCUUCUGCAGCUGCUUCUGGACCUCGAGCACCUGGAAGGAAAGCGGGCGGCCUUGAACGCCCGAGUAGAAGAGGGCUGGCUCUCCCUGUCCAAGAGUCGCUACGCCAUGGGCGUCAAGGCCGUGGGCCCCCUCCAGUACGGCUCCUCUAUGGCUGCUCUCUUUCGGGUCGGCAUCAGUGAGCCCGAGCCCGGGCGGCCCGAGUUUCAGGUGAUGUUCACGGACCCCAAGGAGGCCCAAGGGCUGAUGGAGCCUAAGGCCGAGGUUCCCUUUCCUCCCGUGCGUCGACGUCGGACCCAGCCCCAGCCGACUUGUCCGGAGCCCGCCCCCUUGGCACUCCCUAAGCGUGAUCCCCUGACUUGGUUUGGGAUCUUGGUGCCCCAGAGUCUGCGGCAGGCCCAAGGAAGCUUCCGGGCAGCUCUGCUGAUGGCUGGAGAGGUUGCCGGGCUCCAGAGCCGGAUCGAGUGGGGAAGAGGCCAGAUUCAAAUCCUCCUACAGGAGAAACGGAAGCUGCUCGAUCAGCUGAAGGUGGCUUGAGCACAGUUCCUCCCAUUCCUCCAUUCCCAUUCUAAAUAAAAUAAUUGCGUCUA